AUGCCAACUGGAAUAGCACGGUACUGGGACUCACUUGAGAGCGCCGAUUACAUGGAACAAUGCCAACCGCAUACCGGAUAUUUGCCUAAAUUGGAUGAUUGCCAAAAGCAAUGGCUGUCCGAGUUGAGUUUUUCGACAGAACCAGAAUGCCAGUCGAUACUCUACGCCAAGUCGUUGCUGGACGAUGGAGACGAAUCGGCCACACCGGUGAUUCAGGAGCUCCAACAGCUACCGGAAUCGCAACCGAAAAUUUCAGUAGGAUUCAGGUCAGUUUUGGAUUUCUUCACAGACUCAGGCGAUGAGGUUCUGGAACGACGCUCUAAUUCAUCUUGA